UCCAGUAAGGACCCAGUUUCUGCUGUUCCGUGUUAUUGUUUCACAAGCGAGCCCGUUAAGUGUAUUCGCGCAGGAAUCGAAGGAAGACGAUGAGAUGAAAAAAGAAUGAGAGAAAAAAAAAGACGAAUUGUCAACUAAUCACAGGAAAAUAUUCAACUGUGUCAUUGAACUGGAUUACACUAUAUAAUUUUAUUGUAUUUUCCAUUGUUUCCAUAAACGUGGGCGGCAUGGUGGUGGUGCUCCUGUGAUAAAAUCUAAAACGCGUGAAGUUCUUGAAGCUAAAUCUGAGAGUGAGGAUAGGUUUGCCUUUGGACCCGAUGUUUGAGAUGUUCAAUUUAGCUUAGUGAUCGGUGACUGGGCUAGCAUUUUAAUUACUCAUAGUUACCGGUGAAAUUUAUAUAAAAAACGAUAGUACGUGGAAGUAAGAGUGAAACAGACCUUGUUUGGUUUGCUUCGUACGGUAUUUAUAUCUGAUACGUAAUGGGCUCGUGCUGAAAAGUAGGCGGUGCUAUGCAGUCGUCUAACACAUUCCGAUUUAGUAGCAAGUGACUGACUCUAGUGCUGGCCAAUAUACAGACUAGAUGCAUUGAAGAUCAUAACUUCGCCCUAUCUGGAUAACUGGUUCGCGCUCUUUUUGGGUUUUUAACAUAGAUGCCGACGCAUCCAAGGGAAUAUGUUUAUGAACAUUGUGUGGUGUCUGCUUUUCGUCUCUGGAAUAUCAUCUUCAGUCAUUCCGUCUCAAAGAGGUAUAUCCACUCGGUUAGUGGUGCGUGAGGGGCAACAGACGGAGCUGCCAUGCGAUAUUCGGCCUCAUAUACCAAACGAGGCUGGUAGUGGAAACAGUAGUGGCAGCCCUGAUGGCCUCGCGUCAGCUGCUAUUGCUGCUGCAAGGGCAAGUACAAGCAUACAGACGUUGCCUCAAGGAUACCCAGGAGCUCUGUUAGGGUUAUCGGGGCCAGUCGGUGGUGCCAACCAGUCUUCCUUGGCUCUCGUUCGGUGGUUCCAUACGCCCGACAAAAAGACACAUCAUCAUCAUCACGUGAGAAUACACCACCAGCCAGUGUACACUGUCGAUUUCGGUACGGAAGGCUCUGCCGCAGAUGCACAGCGCUCAAACAACAUUUUACAGGUGAGUCGGUCCGCAUCAAAGACAUGGAGCGGUCGGGCCUACUUCUCCCUUUUAGGUCAUCCCGCGUUGCUCAAGGUAAAUGAGGUUCGUUUCGAAGACUCUGGCUUGUACACCUGCUCUGCUGUCUUCAGAGAUGGGUCAAUCAUCAAUUCAACUGUGCGCCUACACGUUGUCGCUCCUCCAGAACCGCCACAGAUUCGUGAUGGUUAUGACACCAUUCUCAUAGGAACAGUAGGUCCCUUCAAUGAAGGCUCUCCACUGUCGCUUGUGUGUCUCGUCUACGGAGGCCGACCAAAGCCUACCCUCGAAUGGAGUGGGAUGCGCCCAUCAGCUCUAUUUGAGAUUCGCCAUUCGCAGGAAGCACAGCUGACCACAGCGACAUUGGUGAUCCACCGACUGGAGAGAGAAGAUCUGGGCUCAACACUGACAUGUUCAGCAUUUAAUAACAUUUCAUCGGCUCAGCAUACAUCGGUUACCCUUGAUCUUAACCUCAAACCAGUAGGAGUUAAGAUCCGUCGUUUACAAGCACCAAUCUCUGCUGGCCUUCGAGUCGAAGUCGUCUGUGAGGUGUUCGGUUCUCGACCUCAAGCGACGGUUUCGUGGUGGAAGGGCCUUAAGCAACUGAACCAGACAUUUGAAUAUACUUCAAGUGAUGGUAAUGUAACAACAUCUGUAGUGACUUUUACUCCUUCUGCAUCCGAUCACGGAUCCAACAUAGCUUGUAGGGCAACGAACCCAAGCAUGGAUUCAGAAUCUGCCGAAGAGGAUACUUGGAAAAUCGCCGUUCAAUAUGCACCAAGAAUUAGUUUGGCGUUGGGAAGCAAACUGAACGCGGAAAAUAUUGUUGAAAAUAGUGACGUAUAUCUCGAUUGUGGAGUAGACGCGUUUCCAGCAGCUGAUGAUGUCCACUGGACGUUUGAAGGAAAAGAUUUGAUUGCGGGCCACAAUGUAAUCAUAUCAAAGCAUUUCCUCGUCAUUCAGCAGGUUCAAACACAGCAUUCCGGUUUCUAUUCCUGUCAUGCAGAAAAUUCAGAGGGUCGCUCGCAGGCAGAUUCCCUGUUUCUUCGUGUUCUACAUGCUCCAGUAUGCUCCGAAGAUCAGCAUGUACUAUAUGCAGCUACACGACAUCAAGCAAUUGAAGUGCAUUGUCAAGUCGAGGCAGAUCCGUCUAACGUCACUUUCGAGUGGUUCUUCCAUCUCAAUGGAAAUUCCCAACAAGGCAAGAAAAUUGAAGCAGUCCGAAGUCAAGGUACCCUUUCGAUCGCCACGUACACGGCGCACGGCCAUGGAGAUUUUGGAACACUUACUUGCCAAGCGAAGAACCGAAUAGGUGAAAUGAAAGAGCCCUGUGUGUUUCACGUCGUACCGGCCGGUCCACCUCCACCCCUCCAGAAUUGCUCUAUUUCAAAUCAGACACAAGAAGCCGCUCUGCAUCUGACUUGCAUUUCGGGACCAGAAAGUCAUCUUCCACAGCGUUUUUUUGCGGAAGUACUUAGCGUACCGGCCGCAACGGUCGUAGCCAAUUUCUCCAAUGCUCGUCCCGAGUUCUGGCUUGACGGUUUGGCUCCAUCGACCGAGUAUCAAAUCCGCGUUUGGGCAGCCAAUGACCACGGCAGAAGUAACGUCGCUACGCUUCUAUCACCCGUCAUGCCGCAUGUUGGGAAGCUCACAGAAUCUAGUCACCCGUUCGAGUCGCUCUCGUCAAGCGCGCUGACGUUGAGUGUUCUUAUCGCCGCUGGAAUGCUUCUCUGUCUUCUUCUUCCAGCUAUUUUGCUAACCGUGCUGAGACUUCACAAUACUGCUGCUACCCUGGACGACGAUAAAAAAACUGAAACCCAGACGCAGUCUAACGACUUUGAUCCUUUAGGGCUAGAGGAUUUUAAAACAGGCGCAGUCUCAUCACGAGAAUUGACAGAAAUUGCCGAAGAGGACGAAAGUAAUGGAGGCGGCGCCAUGUCUCCGAUGGCGAAAAUGGGCUCUCUCGAUUCAUCGCUCGGCCCUUCAUCCGGAUUGGGGCCCCUUGGAAACCCAUUGUCUCCUAAUAGCACUCUGGGUCCGGUCUCGGGAGUGCUGCAUUCAACUCGGUCUGUUAAUGGAUCUAUACUUAUGCCGCCGCAACAUCAUAUGCAGGCAUUCCAAGAUAGUGGUGGCCAACUACAUGUUGUUUAUCCAAAACAAGAUGCUGCGAUGCUCAACUGGAUACAAACAACCGGUCUAUAAUGUAUAUUAACAAUUCAAUAUAAAGAUUGUUAUAAUUACAUGAAUGCUUCCCAGAAUCGCGAUAGCGGUACUGUCCUACCACUUGGCAAGGCGGC